AUGCAAGGAAUUUAGACAAUAUCAUAUGAUGAUAUACCUGAUGCGGAUUUAAGUAUAAUUUCUUACGAUUUAGUAUAAUUGUAAGUGAAUGGCAUUGAGUCUGUAAAAUAACCUGUAUUGAAUAUAUAUUUAAAUAGGUAAUAACAAAAGAUUGUAUUCAUGUUAAUUAACAAUAACUAUUAAGUUGCUAAGAUGCAGUAAAUUAAAUAGAAUCUAAAAAUCGAUUCGUUUAGUGCUUAUGUGGAAAAAAAGCAGAAUCAAUAAAGCAUCUACGGAAAGAUGUUAGAGGUAUUGCACAAAAACUAUUUCACAAUAUAACUUAAUUUGUAUAAGUUAUCGAAGGAAUACUGACUCACAAAUAUUCUAGGAAAAAAAUUUAUACAGACACAAUCUCUUAAGCUCCUUAAGAUGCAUCACUCUAAAAUUUUGUAAGAACACUUUAUAAAAGAUAUCAUGAAUCUAAUUCAAUUUCAAAUUUGAUUUUGAAAUAAGGUUUCUAAGGUUCUUGUUAUGAUUUUUGGGCUUAUUGUCUUUUAGACAAAAUUAAAAUAAUAAUUCCUACAAGAAUAAUAGGUUGCUCGCAUCCAGCAUGUUACGAGUUAACAAGUCUUUUAUGUUAUUAGAAACAAUGUGAUUUGAAUAAAGAUGAUUCUAGAAUAAUAAGAGAUAUAAAUGAUAAAAGUAUUAUUUUUCAUUGUAGUUACCCUGGUUGUGAAAAUAAAAUAGAUAUUUAGACUUUGCCUCUUAUGUUGUCAAAACUAUUUAUAGAUUAAGAAUUGUUAAAUCUUUUAAACUCUGCUCCAUCAAUUUAAUUUAAAUUUACUUAUGAUCUUAAAAAUAAAAGGUUUAAAAAAGAUUUCUAAGAUAGGGAUCCUUAUAUUCUAAAUAUUCAUUAAAAUCUUGACAAUGCCACUUACAAUUCAAUAAUGGUGUAAAUAUAGUCGAUUAUAUAAUUAAAUAUCAGUUAAGAAAUUUAAGAAAAAUUAAAUUAACAGAAAUAUCAGAUAAGAAAAAUUAAUUUGAUUGAUCCCCUUAAUGGAAAAUAAGUUGAAUUUCCUGUUAGAUGUAUAAAAUGCACAGACUAUAAUCGAUGUGCAGACAUUAGAACGUAUGUAGCCUAUUAUUUCAAAAAUAAAAAAAAAUAAGGGAUUUCUGAAUAAAUUAAUUGUCCAAUUUGCAAUAAUAUUUUAGAAACAAAAACAGGGUUACUGAAUAAUUUGAUUUACUUUGAUUAAAAUAUUAUUUCUAGAAUGUUUAAAGAUUCUACUGUUAAUGAUCCUAAAUAAUUUGAUUAUAAUGGAAAACUAUAUAUGUUGGAGGAAUUUUUAUCUAAAUAAAAGUUUAGUAAAAAUACAUAUACCUCAAUUUUGAAAUAGAGAAAGAAUAACGAUGGAACUUAUGUAAAAGAAGUUGAAUUUAAUUCAUUGAAAUGUAUUUUAAACCCAAAUAGAAAACUAUAAUACCCAUUAAUAAUAAAGAACUGUUAAAAAAAUUCCUAUAUAGAUUUUGAAUCAUUCUAUGAGAAAAUGGUUGAGUGUAAAUUUAAAAUUCCUGAAGAAGGACUUUAGUUAUGUCUCUGCUAAGAAUAUUGUAGUAAAAAUCCUAUAAAAAAAUAUACUACAAGCCUUUUUUAUCAUGAAGCUCUUGGAGAUGCUUUACAGUCAUUAAAGAAUGACGGUUUGUCUCCUUAAAAAUUUAAAUAUAAUUUUGAGGAAGAAAAAUUUUGUCUUGUUUUAGGAAAUAAAAAUACUACUGAUACUGGAAUUGAUAAGAAAAUUAUCCAAGAGGGCAGAUUUAAUGCAGGAUUUAUAGAUUUAUUAACAGAUGAAGAAUAUAUGUAAGCUUUUCGAAUAAAAACUGUAAUGGGAAAAGAGUAUUAAAUUAAAGCAAUGACCUAAGAUAUAAUCAAAGGAUUAUAAUCCACUCAUGAUGCUUCUGGCAUUAAAAUAGAUGUAGAUACCAAAGUUAAUUAAAUGAAUCAAACAGCUAAUGAAGAUCUGAAAAAAUAUCAAUUUGAAGUAACUGGAAUGUCGGUGGAAAUGAAUAAUGAUUUAAUUAAAAUAAAUAAAGGAGAGGCUAGUUCAAAAUUUUAUUAAAAACAAGUUUAAAAGGAUAGAUGA